AUGGCCUCGACAACAGGCCGCUGGGCCUUCGAAACCGACACCGCUAUCCUCAAGACUGCGCUCGCCACGCUGCUCUUCUCUUCUUUGGCGACGGCACAGCAAACAUUCCCGUAUGUUCCGACGACCAUCCUGCUUCCCUCCGCUCUCGCGGGGACGCCCAGCAACACCACUGGGAACGGUCUUGCAUAUAUCUUUCACAGCGAUAGCGGCGGCGUCAAGCUAUUGUCUGUAAAUGUCUCGGCCACUGUCAGCGGGGCGGCGACCCUGCAGACGAUAUCAUCCAGUUUGCCGUUCCUCAAUGGCGCCACUAAGACGACGGCAUUCUUGCCUACGAUGGCUGACAACGGGACGGUUUUGGUACAAGCCGGCGAUUGCAUGAAGAAUGACGGAUAUGAUAUUUGGGGGUAUACCCCCGGGAUAGGGGAUACCAUCGGAUCAUGGUAUAAAACGGCGGCGUCGCUGCCAAGCUCCGCAGACUCAGACGCGGGGCCGUACGCUCUCGGCGCUGGCAUUAGCUUUUCUGCGACGCUCGCGCCGACCAUGUCGCAGCCUGUAUUAUACUCUUACGGUGGCAUGUGUCUGGCUUCGACAACAGAUGCGUCAACAUGGCAAGAGAACGGCACGUAUACGAAGGCGAUGCUGAGGGCCGCCCCGUCGAACGGGGAUCCUGCAUCUUACACGGCGAGCUUCAUCACCGGCAAGGGUCCAGCCUUUCCUGAAGCGGGGUUCUCGUUCACGCCCCUGAGCCCCUCCAUUUCAAAUCGGUCAGGGAUCGUCACUCAGCAGAACCGCUACGUUUUACUUGGCGGCCAUACGCAGCAGGCCUUCAUCAACAUGAGCUCCGCUGCCAUCUGGAACCUGCCUGAAGAGUCGUGGAACUUUGCGACCGUCGGGUCGCCUAGCUCCGGCAGCAAGAAGCUUGCCGUUAGGGAUCUUCAACAGCGGAGUUCAGACAGCGUCGAGAGCAGAUCAGGGCAUACGGCUGUGUUGAGCGAGGACGGAACUUCACUCAUUAUCAUGGGAGGCUGGGUUGGGAGCGUAUCGCAGGCAGCUUCGCCGCAGUUAGCGGUUUUACGAAUGGGAGAUACGUACGGGGACUGGACGUGGGAGAUACCGCGACAGCAGCCCUCUGGAGCGUUUUAUGGUCAUGGCGCGGCCAUAUUGCCAGGAAACGUCAUGAUGGUCUACGGAGGACACGAAAUUACGAGCUCAGGAUCGAAGAUGAAGAGGCAGUCGAACGGCAGCGGACUGCGGUUUUUGAAUAUGACUUCGUUGUCGUGGACAACGAGCUACUCGAACCCCACUUACAGCGGCUCGCCAAAAGAUGCGCAAAGCGGCUCCAACGAUAAUAUCAAGAAGAUUGGUCUUGGUGUCGGUUUGGGUAUUGGGGCUGCGGCCAUCAUCGGAGCCUUUUUGGUUUACUUUUGUUACAGGAGGUAUUUGAAGAAGAAGAGGGAGGCGAGAGAGGAGACGGUACGGUCACUGGCGCAGGACGCCUCGCAUUUCUUGCAGCCCGAGGACGACAUGCUUGAGCGCCACGACGCAUAUGCCCUCCCCUGGUCGAAUAAUUCCUGGUAUACUGGGGGACACGAUCCCUACGACACAGGCGCGAGGUCACUCGGAUAUGAAUCUCUCAGAAAAGAUCCCAACCCCGGAGGCUAUGGCGCCUAUCAGCAACCCCCCGGUCUGAUGAUCCCCCGCAAGCCGAUCCCCCGCGCUGCCAGGGGGGCCUACCAGCCGGCCGCGAGUCUUAGCACCCCCGGUCACAUCCACCCAAUCUAUGAAGCGGAUGAAGACGAUCCCGACAAUUCUAAGGCGAGACUACGAAACCGAGAGCCCGGCACGCCUACGACGCCCGGCUACCCCGACCCCUUUAUCACCCCCACCAGCUCCGUCCCGAUACUUGUCCCCGGCAACCGCAAUUCCAUGACUCCCAGUCCAGAAGCCGCCUUGAGGCGGGACCCCGAGGUGCAGGACUGGCAGUCGGAUGUGGACGCCGCCGAGGCGCUCCUCGCUCAGAUGCCGCUGCGUCGGAACACGGGCCGCAAGUCUCCUACACGGAGAGCAUCGAUGCGGUCGCGGGCGUCCAUGGCGGACGACGAGCGCACGGCGAGCAAUGUGUCGGAGUCCGCGCGCAGCGCUAUCAGCGUGCCGACGCGGAGUGCAUCUGCCAAACGCAAUAGCACGGGUCCCGGGGCCAACUUGACCAUCAUCACUGAUGGCCGGGUGGGCACGUCAUCUUCUUCGGGUAGCAGUGGACACACUUACUCGACUGCCAAAACAACCUUCAACGCGUUACAGGCCGAGGGUCCUUCGCUUCUCCAUCGUGGUCAGCGACCUCUAAAUGAAGCGGUUGAAGACGAUGACGACGAGUUCGUGCAUGUGCCGAGCAGUCCCAGCAAGCAUAAACCAAGACGGUCACUAGGCUGGCUGGGCAGUCUGCGACGGGUAUUCAGCGGCAACCCGAACGAUUCCUCAGACUCAAGUAAAGAAGACGAGAACGCCCGCCGCAUGUCACUUGACCAGGUCAGUUCGGACUACGAGCCGCGUCUGGUCGGGCUAUCGGGGAUCGGCGGCGCGGAGCUACUGCGCAGGAAACAGGGCCGACAUGACUGGGACGUCGACCAAAAGUCUAUCGCGGACGAGUGGGACAUUGAGAAGGCGAUCGAGCAGCGGCUCGUGCAGGUCAUGUUCACCGUGCCGAAGGAGAGGCUGCGAGUCGUCAACGCCGAGGUGGAAAAGGAGGAAGAGGCGGUGCUGGUCGACCCGGACAGGGACGAGCUGGAUGACCUCGACAGGGUUUCCGGCGAUGCGGAAAAGAGGGCGUUGAUGGAGGAGGAUUACAGGGGUAAGGGUAAAGAGACGGAGGUCGCGGAGGAGGAUAUCACGACGGCGCACCGCAGACCCGAGUCGCCCGGCGCAGGAGUAUCUGUGUCGCCGACGCGCGGGAGGAGGUUGUUGCAUUUGCCGCCGCCGCGGGAUGACGACUCGAAUUCGCUGCGUCCGUCGAGGGACGAGUCUGAGCCCAGGCCGUCUCUGACGCUUAGGACUGCCGAGGUUGUCAGUGUUGCGAGACCGCGGACGAGGGUGCUUGAGAUGGUGGAGAGUAUUGAGCGGAGUCGGGAGAGCAGUCCCGAGAUGUCGCGUUGA